GCUUCCUGUUACAGAAGUGUUCACAAAACAACGCUAUGUUAACACUUCUUACAAAAUAAGAUUUUGGGCGACUUAUUGACAAAUGUUCACAAGGUGCUGAAUCCUCUGUAUAAAAACCGCUUGUCUCAGCGCUGGGCGAGUGAGGUGACGUUUCGAAUGCAAGGAGUCAGGUUGAAACCCUGUCACUUCAAAGUGAAGGGAAUACUUGAAUAUCACCGUCAAUACGGAAAGCAUCGCAGAAGUGCUCGCUGCAAGAGAACAACUGGUGGACAGCUCAAAAAAUACUCCAGUGAGAGAAACCUACCCCGACUUCCUCUCCCACUUGGCCGUUCCGUCAGCACAGAAAAAAAAGCACAAAUGCAGCAUCCGCAAUUUUUUUUUAACUGAAACUCCCUGUUGAGCGCCACACAAUCCUGACGUUGUCAAAAACGCAAAGCGAAUUGAAAAGAGAGGACGGGUGAGAGCAAGUGGGCAGCCUGCACAGCUCCAUGAACCAAGUGUUGAAGUUGUGAGAAGCUCAUCAAUAGGCCUCAGCGAAGCAAACUUAAACUUUUAAAAGUCAGGAAUGGGCAACAGUUCUUCUCUGGGGCAUGUUCAGGCCGAUUGUCGCCAGGAGAGCAAAUGUAUCCACUGGCCAACAGAUGUGAGAAAUGAAGAACAGCUCAACCAAUGGCAUAGAGGUGCCACUGCUGUACUGCCAAUGCUUUCCCAUGCUUGGAAGACAGCUCAGGUGACCAUGACUGUAUACAGCAUCCAAAGUGACUGCCUGAAAGGAGUCAACAGUUCUUUGCAUAUCCACCGGAACCUUUCUUUUGCCAAAAAAGGAAACAAUUUUUUUAUAUCUCUGCAAUGAUAACUGCAGUUUUAGUUUCAAGCUAAAGAUGUGAUUUCAGAAUUAUCAUAUUGAAUAUUAACUGUUUUAUGUAAACUGAAGAUGUCAAUAUUGUUAGUUUUUAAAAAGUAACUUACGGUCUCUCAACAGCAUUAGCCAAUGUGUACUUUAACAUUACCAUGUGAAAAUUCAGCCAUGCCUCCUGUAUUUCUUUACUGGUGACUUGAAAAGUCAACAGGUUGUUCACAUUCACUUAGAUAUUUUAUUGGUUUGUUUCAAGAAACUUCUAUAUGAUUUGGUAUUGGUAUUGAUUAAGUUUGCAUUUCGCUUGUUUUGCAGAUUUCACAUUGACAAAAAAGAAUCAAUAAUUUUUAUCAAUAUCAACAGCUAUUGACUUGUACCCCAGUCUGUGUCACCUUCUGCAAAAGGGAAAACUGGAAUGGAGAACAAUUUAAAAAUCCUUCAUCAUUCUUAGAUCUUUCCAAUUGCAGCUCCAUUGAGGAGUUUUGAGGUCACAUUUGACAAUUUUGCAAGAUUCCCAGCAAAUCUUGUGUGAUCAUUAAAAUAAUAGUUAGUUUCCUGUGGUAAGAUUCAUAUUUCAGUAGUUCAUCACUGUGGAGGAGGUGGUGAGAGAGGCAGCAUCUAAGAAUUUUGACAGCACUGCAGUAUUGAAAUACCAGAGUGCAGGGAGUGGCAGAUGGCGUUUUAAUGUAGAUAAAUGUGAGGUGCUGCAUUUUGGAAAGACAAACCGUGCAGGACUUGUACGCUGAAUGGUAAGGUCCUGGGGAGUGUUGCUGAGCAAGGAGACCUUGUGGUGCAGGUUCAUAGUUCUUUGAAAGUGGAGUUGCAGGCAAAACGAUAGUGAAGAAGGCAUUUGGUGUGCUUGUCUUUAUUGGUCAAUGCAUUGAGUAUAGAGUUGGGAGGUCAUAUUGUGUCUGCGCAGGACAUUGGUUAGGCCACUAUUGGAAUACAGCAUGCAAUUCCGGUCUCCCUGCUAUUAGAAGGAUGUUGUGAAACUUGAAAGGGUUCAGAAAAGAUUUAGAAUGAUGUUGCCAAGGUUGGAGGAUUUGAGCUACAGGGAAAGGCUGAAUCGACUGGUGCUGUUUUCCCAGGAGUGUCAGAGAGUGAGAGGUACCUUUAUAGAGGUUUAUAAAAUCAUGAGAGGCAUAGAUGGGGUGAAUGGCCAAGCUCUUUUCCUUUGUGUUUGAGGAGUCCAAAACUAGGUGGCAUAGGUUUAAGGCAAGGGGGAAAAGAUUUAAAAGGAAUCCAAGGGGCAACCUUUUCACACAGAGGGUGGUGUGUAUAUGGAAUGAGCUGCCAGAGGAGGUGGUGGAGGCUGGUACAAUUAGAACGUUUAAAAGGUGUCUGGAUGGGUAUAUGAAUAGGAUGGGUUUAGAGGGAUAUGGGUUAAAUGCUGGCAAAUGGGACCACAUUUAUUUGGGAUGUCUUGUCGACAUGGACGAGUUGGUCUGAAGGGUCUGUUUCUGUGCUGUAUACCUCAAUGACUCUAUGACCUGCAGCUGUUUAAAGUCACUGAUUUAAAAUCUUGGAGCAAAAUCCCAGAAUUGUGUCACAACAAAAUACUGCCUCAAAGUGCUCCAGUAGGACAGUGUGCCCAAUUUUCUUAACUGCUCAUUUUGUAUUAACUAAAGUGAUUGAUCUUUGGGGCUGAAAUAUACACACCACCUUCAUGAUGAACAACAGGUGAAUGGACCUGUAUGACACUGCCAUAUCUGUCACUAAUCCACCUGGCCCUCCCUGAUUUCACAUACACAUGUAUAAAUUAGAUUCAGGACAAUGCCACGGAGCCCUUGGGCCAGCUUUGGCAUUCAAUAAGAUCAUUCUCACAUAUCAUUGAUAUCCAUUUGCUUCCUUGAGUGAACAUUCAGGAAUCUACCUUUGCUUUGAAACUGUUCAAGGACCGUGCUUCCACUAACUUUUCAGGAAGACAGUUCCAAAGACUCAUGACUGUGAGAAUUUCUUUUGCCCAAUCUUGGGUUUGCAUUGGGCAGUGACUCUUCGUUCUUGAUUCUCUCAUAAGAGGAAACAUCCUUUCUACAUCUAUGCUAUGAAAACCUGUCAGAAUUUUCAAUGUUUCAAUCAAGUCGCCUCUUAUUCUUCUAAAGUUACACAAAUACAGCCUAGUUGUCCAAAGUUUCCUUGUAAGACAAUCUUCUCGUUCUAGAUAUUAGUCUUGUAAACGUUCUCUGAAUUGCCUCCAACACAUUUAUACUUUCAGGUGACCAAUACCGUGCACAAUACACAGACACAGUCUCCCCAAUGCCUUGUAAAACUGAAGCAUAAUCUUCCUAAUUUGUAUUCAGUUCCCCUUGUAAUGAUAAAUGAUAACAUUAUAUUGGCUUUUCUAAAUACUUGCUGUAACUGCCUACUAAUCUUUUGCAAUUCAUGUACAAACACUCACACGUUUUUCUGUAUAUCAGAGCAAUGUAAUCUCUCACCAUACAGACAAUAUUCUUUUUAAUUCUUCCUGUCCAAAUGGAUAAUUUCUUAUUUACCCACAUUAUUGUUCAUUUGCCACAUCUUUGCCCUUUAAUUUUUUUUAAGAAAUACAGAGAAUUCUAGAGACACUCUAGGUUACAGGGUGAUCUAACUGAAGUUUUCAGGAUAUUAACAUGGAAAGGCAGGGUAGAUAAACUAUUUUGCUGGUUGAAGAUUCAAGAACCAGGAGGCAUAGUCUAAGAAUUGGGGCCAGGCCAUUCAGGAUAGAUGUUAGAAAGCACUUCUACAUGCAGAAAGUAGUGGAAGCUUGGUGCUAAUUCAGUUGCUAAAUUUAAAUCUGAUAUAGUCACCCAUUGUCAUCUACAUAUAAUCAGGGCAAAUGGGCACUUUGCACAUCUCACUCACUCCUUUCUCCUUGGUUUCUGUGGAUACACCGACGAACUGGUUGUGACUUAUCCCCUUUCGCAACUUAACCCAAAGACCCAGUCAAGAGGUGCUCAGACCACUGAUUAGUGGUUGUACAAGCCCCCAACCACUGUCAUGUCAUUAUAUCUCUUGUGGUACAAUCAUGUUCUUGGGUCCAGAUUCUGAAAGCUGGGUUUCCUGGCCAUAUAUUCCCACUCCCUUCUGAAAGCAAUCUUUGAAGAUCUCCCAGCUCACUGCAGAGCCAUGCUUUUCUGCUUCCCAAUCCUAGUGCUUCUAUUGCCACAUUCAUCAAUGGCUUUCUUUCAAGGCUUUCUGUCUAACUGCAGAAUACAGAGUCUGCAGGUAGCAUUUAGAACAAGAAAACCACUCAUGGCAGUGAGGUCACAAAAUAACUUUGUAUGUUGUCUCCUUAGAUUAAACUGGGCACUGGCAGGCUCCAAAUCCCAAUCCUUACAUCCAAAGAAUGGCUAUGUAUCCAUAUAUAUCUUAGCUAUUAAGUGACUGGUUUCUUAGCUGUGGUUCUGGAGCCACAGAUAGGACUGAAAAGGUAAAGAUGUAAUUAAUCUUUCUUAAAGUAUAUUGGUGUAACCAGAUAGGUUUUUAUGACAAUAUGAUAGUUACAUGGCCAUUGUCACUAAUGCAUUUGUUAAUCUCAAUUAAUCUUUUCUAAUGUUGCUAUUUGGUAAAUUUACAUUGUCAUUUUCAGUUUGUCAAAUCCAAUCAAUCAAUCAAUUAGUAAAUUUUCCCUCUGAAUUGAGAAUUCACAAUACUAAAUCAUUGUCAUUGUCAGCUUUCAGUCAAUUUGAGGAAGAUGUGUAGUCUAUCUCUAGUGGAAUAUGAAGAUUAUCUGACAUACAUGCAAUUUAACCAAUAAUCAUUGUAAAAUUAACAAACGAAAGAUUGUUGUUCUGAACUUCAUAAACCAUCAAAUCAAUCAAUUUGCUGUAAAUACUUGAUGGGGCGCGGUUAAGAGACUUAGCUAUAUCCUGCAUCUGAAUUUAGUCACAUGGUGAGCCAAAAACAGAUCAAAUUGACGACUCACUGCCAAAGUCUCUAAAUUGUUUCCAUUAUUUGGAAAACCUAAUGGCUAAAUUGACAAGAAACUUUACAGACUAUCCGAGUUAAUGUGACUUUUUGUUGAGCAGGAAUGUAUGUGUAACAUCAUCAGUAGCAGAGAAAACCUAGCCAGAUUCAGAUGCUUUGAGUUGGUCCCUAUCGACAAUGUUGCAUGCUGGCAAUGUCUUCAUUCAGAGGCUGGUGAACUUGUAGAAUUCUCUACUACAUAAGGUUAUAGAGCCAGGUCACUGUAUAUAUGCGGCAACAAAUAAAUUAUCUGGAUAAUAAUUGUGUUGAGACACUAAGUGAGCGACAGGGAUAAUAGUUUUCUUUUGAUUAAGGAUUUACUGUUACUAUGGUGAAUGAAAGACCAGGGUCAAUGGACAAAAUGGUUUACUUCUCCUCGCUUUUUGGGAGGAGAGCGAGAGCCAGACAGAGAGAGCACCAGGAGGCUGCCAGGAAGGUAAGGUUUCUUUCCCCACUUUAAAAAGCUUACCUGGAGCGGGAGCGGUCUUCAUUUUUGGGAGGAGAGCGAGAGCCAGACAGAGAGAGCAUCAGGAGACUGCUGGGAAGGUAAGGUUUUUUCCCCACUUUAAAAAGCUUACCUCGAGUGGGAGUGGUCUUCAUUUGUUUGGGCAGCGGCUGAACCCGAGACACUACACGUGUAGUGUCUCCCACCCGCCCUCCUCCUCUAACCAAAAAAAAGACUCGGUGGUGUGUAGAUAAGGUAAGGCUUUUUCUAGUUCAUGUUUCUUUAUAUAUAUCGUGUGAUUGCCAAAAACUUUUUGGUUCCUUUUUCAUUUAUCUAAGUUAAGUUUAAUAAUGUCAGGAGCUCUCACACCCGUGUUGUGCUCCUCUUGCUCAAUGUGGGAGCUCAGGGACAGGGCUGAUGUCCCUGACUCCUUCAUGUGCAGGAAGUGUGUCCAGCUGCAGCUCUUGUUAGACCGCAUGAAGGCACUGGAGCUGCGGAUGGACCCACUUUGGAGCAUACGCAAUGCUGAGGGGGGUCGUGGAUAGCACAGUUAGCAAGUUGGUCAGACCGCAGAUUAGGAUUGCUGAGGGAGAUAGCGAAUGAGUGACCAAAAAGCAGAGGAAGAGCAGGAAGGCAGUGCAGGUGUCCCCUGCGGUCAUCUCCAUCCAAACAGGUAUUCCAUUCUGGAUACUGUUGGGGGAGAUGGCUCACCAGGGGAAGGCAGCAGUAGCCAGGUUCAUGGCACCAUGGCUGGCUCUGCUGUACAGAAGGGCGGGAAAAAGAGUGGAAGGGCGAUAGUCAUUGGGGAUUCAAUUGUAAGGGGAGUAGACAGGCGGUUCUGCGGUCGAAAACGGGACUCCCAAAUGGUAUGUUGCCUCCCAGGUGCACAGGUCAGGGAUGUCUCCGAUUGGCUGCAGAACAUUCUGAAGGGGGUGGCCGAACAGCCAGCUGUCAUGGUGCAUAUAGGUACCAACGAUAUAGGCAGAAAACGGGAUGAGGUCCUUCAAGCAGAAUUUAGAGAGUUAGGAGCAAAGUUUAAAAGGUAGGACCUCAAAGGUAGUAAUCUCAGGAUUGCUACUAAUGCCACGUGCUAGUCAGUGCAGAAAUGAAAGAAUAGCCAGGAUGAAUGCGUGGCUUGAGAGAUGGUGUAGGAGGGAGGGUUCAGAUUUUUGGGACAUUGGAACCGGUUCUGGGGAAGGUGGGACUAUUACAAAUUGUACGGUCUACACCUGAGCCGGACUGGAACCAAUGUCCUUGGGGGUGCUUUUGCUAAUGCUGUGGGGGAGGGUUUAAACUAAUGAGGCAGGGGGAUGGGAACCAAAUAUUGGACAGAAAAGAGGUAGUAACGAAAGCCUGUAGGGAAAUCGAUGAUGGAGUCAGUGUGCCUAAAGGGAAUAGUAGUCAGAGAGCUGAUGAUGAACAUAAAGGGACAGGUGGUCUGAGGUGCAUUUGUUUUAAUGCGAGAAGUGUAGUAGAUAAGGCAGAUGAGCUUAGGGCUUGGAUCGGUACCUGGAGGUAUGAUGUUAUUGCUAUUACUGAGACUUGGUUGAGGGAAGAGCAUGACUGGCAACUAGUUGUCCCAGGAUAUUGAUGCUUCAGGCGGGAUAGAGAGGGAGGUAAAAGGGGUGGAGGAAUUGCAGUAAUGGUCAAAGACGAUAUAUCAGCCGCUGAAGGAGGGCCCCAUGGAGGACUCAAGCAGUGAGGCAAUAUGGGUAGAACUCAGAAAUAGGAGGGAUGCAGUAACAAUGCUGGGGCUGUACUACAGGCCUCCCGACAGUGAGCGUGAGAUAGAGGUACAAAUAUGUAAACAGAUAAAGGAAAGGUGUAGGAGAAACAGGGUGGUGGUGAUGAGAGAUUUUAAUUUUCCCAACAUUGACUGGGAUUCACUCAGUGUUAGGGGUCAAGAUGGAGCAGAAUUUGUAAGCUGUGUCCAGGAGGGUUUUCUAGAGCAGUAUGUAUGUAGUCCAACUUGGGAAGGAGCCAUAAUGGACCUGGUGUUGGGGAAUGAACCUGGCCAGGUGGUUGAUAUUAUAGUAGGGGACUACUUUGGAAAUAGCGACCACAAUUCCAUAAGUUUUACAAUACUCAUGGACAAGGAUGGGAGUGGUCCUAAAGGAAGAGUACUAAACUGGGGGAAGGCCGACUAUACCAAGAUUUGGCAGGAUCUGAGGAAUGUAGAUUGGGAGAAACUGCUUGAAGGUAAAUCCACAUUUGAUAUGUGGGAGGCUUUUAAGGAGAGGUUGAUUAGCGUGCAGGAGAGACAUGUUCCUGUGAAAAUGAGGAAUAGAAAUGGCAAGAUUAAGAAACCAUGGAUGACAGGUGAAAUUGUGAGACUAGCCAAGAGGAAAAAGGAAGCAUACAUAAUGUCUAGGCGACUGAAGACAGACGAAGCUUUCCAAGAAUAUCGGGAAUGCAGAGCGAAUCUGAAAUGAGGGAUUAAGAGGGCUAAGAGACAACAUGAGAUAUUGUUGGCAAACAUGGUUAAGGAAAAUCCAAAGCCUUUUAUUCAUAUAUAAAGAGCAAGAGGGUAACUAGAGAAAGGAUUGGCCCACUUAAGGACAAAAACGGAAAGUUAUGCGCUGAGUCAGAGAAAAUGGGUGACAUCUUAACGAGUACUUUGCAUCGGUAUUCACCAAGGAGAGGGACGUGACAGAUGUUGAGGUUAGGGAUAGAUGUUUGCUUAGUCUAGGUCAAGUUGACAUAAGGAAGGAGGAAGUGUUAGGUAUCCUAAAAGACAUUAAGGUGGACAAGUCCCCAGGUCCAGAUGGGAUCUAUCCCAGGUUUCUGAGGGAAGCGAGAGAGGAAAUAGUCGGGGCCGUAACAGCUAUCUUUGCAGCAUUCUUAGACACAGGUGAGGUCCCGGAGGACUGGAGACUUGCUAAUGUUGUCCCCUUGUUUAAGAAGGGCAGCAAGGAUAAUCCAGGUAAUUAUCGACCGGUGAGCCUGAUGUCAGUGGUAGGGAAGCUACUGGAGAAGAUACUGAGGGAUAGGAUCUAUUCCCAUUUGGAAGAAAAUGGGCUUAUCAGUGACAGGCAACAUGGUUUUGUGCAGGGAAGGUCAUGUCUUACCAACUUAAUAGAAUUCUUUGAGGACGUGACAAAGUUGAUUGAUGAGGAAAAGGCUGUAGAUGUCAUAUACAUGGACUUCAGUAAGGCAUUUGAUAAGGUUCCCCAUGGCAGGCUGAUGGAGAAAGUGAAGUCACAUGGGGUCCAGGGUGUGCUAGCUAAAUGGAUAAAAAAACUGGCUAGGCAACAGGAGACAGAGAAUAGGAGUAGAAGGGAGUUUCUCAAAUUGGAGACCUGUGACCUGUGGUGUCCCACAGGGAUCUGUGCUGGGACCACUGUUGUUUGUGAUAUAUGUAAAUGAUUUGGAGGAAGGUGUAGGUGGUCUGAUCAGCAAGUUUGCAGAUGACACUAAGAUUGGCGGAGUAGCAGAUAGUGAAGGGGAUUGUCAGAGAUUACAGCAGAAUAUCGAUAGACUGGAGAGUUGGGCAGAUAAAUGGCAGAUGGAGUUCAAUCCAGGCAAAUGCGAGGUGAUGCAUUUUGGAAGAUCAAAUUCAAGGGCGAACUGUACAGUAAAUGGAAAAGUCCUAGGGAAAAUUCAUGAACAGAGAGAUCUGGGUGUUCAGGUCCAUUGUUCCCUGAAGAUGACAACGCAGGUCAGUAGGGUGGUCAAGAAGGCAUAUGGCAUGCUUUCCUUCAUUGGACGGAGUAUUGAAUACAAGAUUUGGCAGGUCAUGUUGCAGUUAUAUAGGACUUUGGUUUGGCCACAUUUGGAGUACUGUGUACAGUUCUGGUUGCCACAUGACCAAAGGAUGUGGAUGCUUUGGAGAGGGUGCAGAGGAGGUUCACCAGGAUGUUGCCUGGUAUGGAGGGUGCUAGCUAUGAAGAGAGGUUGAGUAGAUUAGGAUUAUUUUCACUAGAAAGACGGAGAUUGAGGGGGGACCUGAUUGAGGUCUACAAAAUCAUGAGGGGUAUAGACAGGGUGGAUAGCAAAAAGCUUUUUCCCAGAGUGGGGGACUCAAUUACUCGCGGUCAUGAGUUCAAAGUGAGAGGAGGAAGGUGUAAGGGAGAUAUGUGUGGAAAGUUCUUCACACAGAGGGUGGUGGGCGCCUGGAAUGCGUUGCCAGCGGAGGUGGUAGACGCAGACACAUUAGCAUCUUUUAAGAUAUAUUUGGACGGGUACAUGGAUGGGCAGAGAGCAAGUGGACACAGACCGUUAGAAAAUAGAUGACAGGUUAGACAGAGGAUCUUGAUCGGCGCAGGCUUGGAGGGUCAAAGGGCCUGUUCCUGUGCUGUAAUUUUCUUUGUUCUUUGUUAUUCUUUGUUCUAAUCCUGUUUUCUAUGUUUAUGUUGAAGAUACAGGAUGGAAUCUUUCAUUAUGGAAUAUAAGUCAAGCAUGGAACACAUUUGUGAUCAUCACUUCCACUCAAGGGCAGAUAAAGGUUUCUUAGAAGAGCAUGCAGUUUUCAGCUCAUUAUAUAUAGAACUGCAACAGCAAUUUGUAUGAAACAGAUAGUUUCCAGAUAAGUUUUGGAUGCAAGAAUUCCUAACUGGAGAAGCUACAGAGUUCUAAACAGGAGACAAUUUAUUUUCUGAAGAAAGAACUUAUCACAUGACAAAAUACAAAUAUAGACUUUUUGCAACAACAUUCCCUCUUCCAUCCUGCUUUACUGAAAGGUUUAGUUCCUUACUGUAAUUUGAAUUCAGUACCUCACCUAAGCAAUUGUCUUAUACGAUAUGUUUGAGUCUGAAUUUGUUGUCACCCAACUUCCACAAACACAAAUUUAGUACGACAGGACAGUAUUCAGGAGCCUGAACUCAAAUUUUACUUUCCCUCACUUAUAGGUACCAACUCUGGUGCCAGUAAUGCCACAGAGGAUGUUCUCAGGUAACUGCACAAAUCAGGGAGCAAAUCUAAGAACUUCCUAGUUCGAAUGUUCCAAAUGCAUAUUGUCUGAACUCUGAGGCAAAUAAUUAAGCUAUUUGGAGAAGAAUGCUUGAGAGCAUCUACUUAAUCAAAGUGAAAAUCUACAAACAGCAUUUACUACAUCUGAUUGGAGUGUCUUAAAGAUGAUCAGAAGGUAACGAGAUGAAAAGUUGUAAGAAUUUCAUAGUGGGGAGUCUGGAUGGUUGGAGGGAUAUGUGCCAUUGGUGAAGUGAACAAAGGAGGACAUGCAAAAUGAUCAAUAUCAGAAGAAUCAAGGAUUUAGACAAGAAGGCUAUAGUGAUGAAAAAUGAUGGGAAGGAAAAGAGUCAAAAUGGAUGCAAAUAACACAGAUGAAAAGGGCAAAUUCGACAUGCGGAGAAUUGUCGGUUAAUUAGGUCAACAGUUACAGCAGUUGCAGUCUCCCACUGCUGAUGACAUUGUGGUGCCCCUGUGCCCUGUUGCCAACUCCACAAGAGUUGCCACUGCAUUCUUCCCCACCAACCAAUCAUGAGUGGCAAAAAAAAAGUGAAUAGCCAAGAUCUUUUCUCUUGGCUGGGGGAGUCCAAAACUUGGGCAAUAGGUUUAAGGUGAGAGGUGAAAGAUUUAAAAGGGACUUGAGGGGCAACUUUUUCAUUGAGAGGAUGGCGCAUGUACGGAAUGAGCUGCCAGAUGAAGUGGUGGAGGUGGGUGCAAUUGCAGUAUUCAAAAGGCAUCUGGAUGGGUAUGUGAAUAGAAAAGUUUGGACAGAUAUGGGCUAAAUGCUGGCAAAUGAGACUAGAUCAGUUUUGGAUAUUUGGUUGGCAUGACCAAGAUGGGCCAAAGUGUCUGUUUCUAUGUUGUAUAACUUUAUGACCUCAGUGACGGAAAGAAUCAUCAUCAGUCCUCUCUGUUGACACCCACUCACUGUCAAUAUGUUCACCGAUGCUCAGGUUUGGUCUUGCCAGUAACAACUUGGCUCCAAUCACAUGACUGCCUUAGCAAAGUGUGGAGCUGGAUGAACACAGCAGGCCAAGCAGCAUCUUAGAAUACAAUUUUAACCUCACUGCGAAGCCUCUUCCAGGGAUGCCUAACCGAAAGAAGUUGCCCUCCUCCCUCUGGACAAACCUCAGGGGAUCUCUCUCCCACUGCAAUUCUCUUGUAAUCUCUUCAGCCUUGGAACUGCUUGACCAUGUCCUGAAGCAAACCAGGUACUACAGCCACGUCACCUUCCUCAGCAGCUGCUGACAGAACCAGAUCAUCCCCAAUGGACUACAGUCCACAUUCAAGCCUUCCCAAUUUGGCUCCAACUGUGACUAUAUCUACAUUCAGAACAUUGAGACCCUUCAGAAGAGUUUCUCCCUGCGAGUCCUGAAACACACACUUGCAGCAAUGCGCCGGUAUCUCCAGGCACUGCACUCCAGCCUAACCCAGCUCAGAGCCUUCCUCUCCCAGACUUGCAAAGGACCUCUCCUGUUUUUUAUUCUCCAUAGGAUCCACAACCUGAACUCACAAUUCUACUCAGCUUUACUGGACACUAAAAACCAUAAGUACAGCUAACUCACUGGUCUCUGCCACCUAACACGGGAUUCCUCCACCUCCCAAAUCCCCAGCCUGACCCUGCAUCUUCCCCACAAUGUACUCGCUGCCAUUGGCCAUGAGGCCACUGCCGGACAACACACAGAUGAUGUCACAUCUGCCACUGCCGGGUACACCACUUCCAGGACAGCGAACACAACCGCUGCUGUAGCCACCGUCGCCACUUCUGCAACCAACACCACAGAUGUUACCGUCACUGCUACUGCCGCCGCCUACCCUGCUCCACCCACCACUGACACCGCUUCACCCAUCAUGGACGCGGACGCAACUCCGUCCACUGCCAGCACUAUACCCACCGCCGACGCUGACACAACUCCACCCACUGCUGAUGUCAACGGAACCCCGCCCACCGCUCAUGCCGACGGACCCCACCCACAACCAACGCCGACAUAGCUCCGCCCACAGCCGAUGCCGAUAUCGCUCCGCCCACAGCCUGCACAGCCAACAGCUGCAGAGGAGACAGCAUCACUGAGCCCUGCCGAAUCAUCACCAUCCCCCCAGAUCUCUCCCAUACUGAGGACGAACAGUCAGUCCUCAGUAAGGGGCUCACCUUUGUUCCCCCUCCACCCACUCAUCAACGAAUACCAGUGAUGUCUGGAGAUCGAGCAGUUUUUCCGCCGCCUCUGCCUCCAUGCUUACUUCUCUAACUAGGAGCCUAACCCUCCCUCCACUGACCCCCUUCUCCCGCCUCCAACACAAGUCCUCCUCCUGGACACCACUCCAAGGCCUCCUACCCUCCCUUGACCUCUUCAUCUCCAACUGCCGUCGAGAUAUCAAUCGCCUCAACCUCUCCACCCCUCUCACCCACUCCAGCCUCUCCCCCGCAGAACAUGCAGCCCUCCGCUCCAACCUCGACCUCAUCAUAAAAUCCGCGGACAAGGGAGGCGAAGUUGUAGAAUGGCGCACUGACCUUUACAUCGUUGAGGCCAGACACCAACUCUCUGACACCUCCUCCUACGGCUCCCUGGAUCAUGACCCCACCUCCAAGCACCAGACCAUCAUCUCCCAAACCAUCCACAACCUCAUCACCUCAGGUGACCUCCCACCCACAGCCUGCAACCUCAUUGUUCCCCAACCUCGCGCUGCCCGCUUCUAUCUCCUUCCCAAAAUCCACAAACCUGCCUGCCCUGGCCGACCCAUUGUCUCCACCUGCUUCUGCCCCACUAAACUCAUCUCCACCUAUCUGGACUCCAUUUUCUCCCCCUUGGUCCAGGAACUCCGUACCUACGUCUGUGACACCACCCACACCCUCCACCUCCUCCAGAACUUCCAAUUCCCCGGUUCCCAACACCUCAUUUUCACCAUGGACAUCCAGUCCCUAUACACCUGCAUUCCCCAUGCAGACGGCCUAAAGGCCGUCCGCUUCUUCCUGUCCCGUAGGCCCAACCAGUCCGCCUCCACCGACACCCUCAUCCACCUAGCCAAACUUAUCCUUACCCUCAACAACUUCUCUUUUGAUUCCUCCCACUUCCUACAGACAAAUGGGGUGGCCAUGGGUAUCUGCAUGGGCCCAAGCUAUGCCUGCCUCUUUGUAGGUUACGUGGAACAAUCCCUUUUCCGCACCUACACUUGCCCUAAACCCCACCUCUUCCUCCGUUGCAUUGACAACUGUAUCGGCGCCACCUUGUGCUCCCACGAGGAGCUCAAACAGUUCAUCCACUUCACCAACACCUUCCACCCCAACCUCAAGUUCACCUGGGCCAUCUCCAACACAUCCCUCACCUUCCUGGACCUCUCUAUCUCCAUUGCAGGCAACCACCAGAAACCAAUAUCCAUUUCAAGCCCAACAACUCCCACAGCGACCUAGAAUGCACCUUCUCCAACCCACCUUCCUGCAAAAUUCCAUCCCCUAUUCCCAAAUCCUUUGCCUCCGCCGCAUCUGCUCCCAGAAUGAGGCAUUCCACUCCCGUAUAUCCCAGAUGUCCUUGUUCUUUAAGGACCACAACUUCCUUCUUGCAAUGGUCAAGAAUGCCCUCAACUGUGUCUCCUGCAUUUCCUGCAACUCAUCCCUCACACCCUGCCCCUCAAUAACUGCCAAAAGAGAAUCCCCCUCGUCUUCACAUACCACCCCACCAACAUCUGGAUCCAACGCAUCAUCUCUCAACAUUUCCACCAUCUGCAAAUCAACCCCACCACCAAAGACAUUUUUCCAUCCCCACCCUUGUCUGCCUUCUGGAGGGACCACUCUCUCCGUGACUCCCUUGUCCGCUCCACACUCCCCUCCAACCCCACCACACCUGGCACUUUCCCCUGCAACCGCAGGAACUGCUACACUUGCCCCCACAUCUUCUCCCUCACCCCCAUCCCAGGCCCCAAGAAGACUUUCCACAUCAAGCAGAUGUUCACCUGCACAUCUGCCAGUGUGGUAUACUGCAUCCGCUGUACCCCUUGCAGCCUCCUCUACAUCGGGGAAACCAACCGGAGGCUUGGGGACUGCCUUGCAGUACAUCUACGCUCAGUUCGCAAUAAAAAACUGCACCUCCCAGUCAUGAACCAUUUCAACACCCCCUCGCAUUCCUUAGACGACAUGUCCAUCAUGGGCCUCCUGCAGUGCCACAAUGAUGCCACCCAAAGGUUGCAGAAACAGCAACUCAUAUUCCACUUGGGAACCCUGCAGCCCAAUGGCAUCAAUGUGGAUUUCACAAGCUUCAAAAUCUCCCCUCCCCCACUUCAUCCCAAAACCAGCCCAGCUCAUCCCCGCCUCCCUGAUCUGUUCUUUCUCUCACCUAUCCCCUCCUCCCACCUCAAGCCGCACCUCCAUUCCCUACCUUCUAACCUCAGCCCGUCCCCUUGACCUGUCCGUCCUCCCCCGACUGACCUAUCUCCUCCCUACUUCCCCACCUACACUCACCUCUACUGGCUCUAUCCCUGCCCCUUUAACUUGUCUGUCUCGUCUCCACCUAUCUCCUGCUCUAACCAUCUUCGAUCCGCCUCCCCCUGUCUCCCUAUUUUUUUCAGAACCCUCUCCCCCUCCCCCUUUUCUGAUGAAGGGUCUAGGCCUGAAACAUCAGCUUUUGUGCUCCUAAGAUGCUGCUUGGCCUGCUGUGUUCAUCCAGCUCCACACUUUGUUAUGUUGGAUUCUCCAGCAUCUGCAGUUCCCAUUAGCUCUGACUGCCUUCGCAACUGAGUGCCACAAGAGCGUACAAAGUAGCAGGCCUUGAAACUUAAAACAGCCUUUAACCAAGCAAUACAUGAAUGAGCUGCAAGAAAACCAAAGUCAUUCAGGGUUAUAGAGCAGUCACAGCAGCCAUAUUUGAUAACAUUAGAUGCUUGUGUUUGCCGGAGAAAAAUCAUCACUGUAGAGAUUUCUCAAAAAUGUGUUAAUUUUCUAUCUCCCUGCUGUUUCUUACAAGUGUCAGUUUAAUAACAUACUUCCUUGUGAAUUUUCAUGCAAAUUGAUGCAAAAUAAAUGGAGUGUGAGCAGUCCUAAUAUUUGGAGCACUUGUCCACAGUAUA